GCUUAUGUGCGCCGCGCCAUCUUCUGAGUGCAGGAUGCAAGCUCUAUUGCUCUGUCACCCUUUCUGUUGUCUGCCGCCAAAAGUGUUCAGCCAGAACCAGUAUCCAGAAUAGAGAACGAUCAUUAUACACAUAGAGCGUUAGUAUCAUAGCUAUGCCAAAAAAGAGACACGAUAAUUUAAGUGGGUGGAAACCAUUGGAAUUGGAAGGUUCUGUAUUUGCUGGUAAUGUAGAAGAUUUGAUUGGCAUUGAGGAACUAACUGAUUACAAAUUAACAAAAGAAAAUAACAAGACAAAGAUUUUAAUCCACAAUGUGGAAACUAAUAGCAAAGAAGUUAAGGUAUCACCAAAGCGUAAACGUUCCCAUGUAUGGGCAAAAAAUGACAUAGUUGCUAAUGAACCAUUAUUAAAAAAAGCUAAGAAGAUAAAAUCUCCAGAAAAGAAGUUAGAAGGAAGAAAUGCUAAAAAGAUACCAAAAUGUCUGUCUUCAAAAAAUGGUUUAGAUAUUAAUCCUAAUAAUAAUGAUCAAUUUUCUAAUGAAUGCAAUGAGGAUAAAAAUGAUGCAUAUGACAUUGAUGCCCAACGAUGGUAUAUGUUAGGUGUACCCACGCCUGUAAUAAAGGCAUUAAAAGAUCAACAAUUUCAUGAACCAACUCCUAUUCAAGCAUUAACUUUGCCACCAGCAAUAUUGGGACAUAGAGAUAUACUAGGUGCAGCUGAAACAGGCAGUGGAAAAACAUUGGCGUUUGGAAUUCCAAUUAUAAAUGGUAUUUUGGAUUUAAAAAAUAAGCAAUCCCAACAGUCAGACAUGGAAUUUGGGAAAGAAAUAACUGGAAUUAUUAAGAACAAAGGCUGGAUUUGUUCUGAAAAUAAAAUGGUAGAAAAUGAUAACAGCUCAUCUGAAUCUGAUUGUGAAGAACAUAUUGAAGGUCUUAAUGAAAAUGGUAUAGGUUGUGUACGUGUAAUUAAUAAUGUAAAAAUGAGCAAAACACAGAAUUGUACGAAGCCACUGUAUGCAUUAAUAUUGACACCAACUCGUGAAUUAGCUAUUCAAAUUAAGGAUCACCUAACUAAAGCAAUCAAAUAUACAGACAUUAAAGUAGCUGUAGUAUUAGGAGGAAUGGCUGCAGUUAAACAAGAAAGAAUAUUAAGUAAAGGACCUGAGAUUGUAAUUGCAACACCUGGUAGAUUAUGGGAAUUGAUACAACAAGGUAAUCCACAUCUUAGUAAAGUGGAUUCUAUUAAGUAUUUGGCUAUUGACGAAACAGAUAGAAUGUUAGAGAAGGGACAUUUCCAAGAAUUGCAGCAACUACUGGAAAAAAUAAAUAUGAAUGAAAAAAAAGUGGAAGAAAGACAAACAUUUGUAUUUUCUGCUACAUUAACUAUGGUGCAUGAUAUUCCAGAGUAUUUGGAAAAGAAAAAAAGGAAGAAUACUAAAAGCAAGAUACAAAAGCUUACACCUGCUCAAAAAUUACAAAAGAUUAUGGAACUAGUAGGAAUAAAGAACCCAAAAAUUAUUGAUGUUACAAAAAAAUCAGGUACCGCAACUAAUUUGACAGAAUGUAGAAUAGCAUGUACAAUAGAUCAUAAAGAUUACUAUCUUUAUUACUUCCUAAAAAGAUAUGCUGGUAGAACAUUGGUAUUCUGCAAUAGUAUUGGUUGUGUAAAACGCUUAGCUACUCUUUUAGGGAUACUUGAUUGUAAACCUUUACCAUUACAUGCAAGUAUGCAGCAGAGACAGCGAUUAAAAAAUUUAGAAAGAUUUCAGGCUGAUGAAAACGGAUUGUUAAUAGCUACUGAUGUAGCUGCAAGAGGUUUGGAUAUUCCAAAUGUUGAGCAUGUAAUACAUUAUCAAGUUCCUAGAACAAGUGAGAGUUAUGUACACAGAAGUGGAAGAACAGCAAGAGCACAAAAAGAUGGUAUAACAGUUCUUAUGAUGGAACCAUCUGAAAAGGAAUAUUAUAGCAAAUUGUGUAAAACACUUGGUCGUACGGAAGAUAUACCUAUGUUUCCUGUAGUAGAUAGAUUGCUAAUUGCAAUUAAAGAGAGAGUUGAGAUUGCUCGAGAAAUUGAUAAGUUGGAAUUAAAAUGUCGUAGAGAUAAUUCAAAAAAAGGUUGGUUACGUAAAGCAGUUGAAGAAAUGGAUUUGGUUUUAGAGGAGGACGAAGAAAAUUUAGCAGUGGAAAUGGAAGAAAAGGCAAGCCUGAGGUAUCAGUUAAAAAAAAAGAGGCAUCAAUUGGCAUCGCUUAUGUCGAAAACGCUAUUUCCAAAAGGAUUUUCUGGAAAGUAUCCUGAUGUGAAUAUUGAGCUUAAAUUAAACAAUGACAAUCAGAAAGCCAUUGAUAUAAUGAAGAAGGUUAUAGAAGAAAUUCCAAAGAAGAAGAAAGAAAAAAAUAAAAAGCCUCAUAUAAAAAAAGGUUCUUUUAAAACCAAGGUUCUAAGAAAAAAAAUUAGAAAUAAAGUAUAAUAUGAAUUAUUUUAUUAAAAUAAAAGGGAAUGAAUUGUAAAUAAAGAUGUCAUACACUUUUCUCAUA